UUUUCCGCACGGCCAUAUUGCCAUAACACUCUGAGAGUGGCGACUUGUUUGUUUUUUUCUCUGAUAGUAUUUAUCAGUUGUUGAUAAAUCUUGCAUAAAAGUGUGUCCAUAGUUUUGUUCUUUUAAAAAGACGGGUGUGUGAUAACUGAAAAUGGCGAAUCCUGUUAAACCAGAAACUGUUGUACAAGAAGAACCCGAUGGAGAUCGUGAUCCUCAACAAGAAAACCAACACCCACAACAGCAGCAGAAUUUUGGAGGACCUAAACGAGGAGGUCAUAACCGAUUUGUAAAUCGGCGACAAGGGCCUUAUAUGCGCUUCCAGCCCCCACCGAACCGUGGGGGUCCUGGCGGACCCGGUGGGCCUGGAGGACCAGGAGGCGAUCGCGACUUCAAUAGAAGACGUGGUGGUGGACCUGGUGGCCCCCAUGUUAAUCAAAAUUUCAACGAACAUGGACCACCAGGCCGAAUAGAUAAAAUUAACGAAAAGCUAUCCAACAUGAAUGGACCCACAUUUGACUUGCCACCUUUAGAACAAUCGGAGAAGAAGUUUUCGGGACGUACACGCUUGUAUGUCGGUAAUAUUGGGAACGAUGUUACAGAAGACGAUCUAACGGAACUAUUUCGUCCAUACGGUGAAACCAGUGAACAUUUUGUUAAUAAAGAAAAAAAUUUUGCUUUCAUAAGAGUGGACUACCGGGUGAAUGCCGAAAAGGCCAAGCGUGAAUUAGAUGGUAUUCUCUUCAAGGGAAAGAAUCUGAAAAUCCGGUUUGCACCCAACGGGUCUACUGUUAAGGUCAAGAAUUUAACUCCAUUUGUCUCAAAUGAACUUUUGUACUAUUCAUUUUCUGUUUUCGGAGAGGUUGAACGUGCUUAUGUCUUGGUCGACGAACGUGGAAAACCUGUAGGUGAAGGAAUCGUAGAAUUCGCCCGUAAAGGGUGUGCUUUAAACGCAGUGCGUCGAUGCUCUGAAGGUUGUUUCUUCCUAACUUCAUCUCUCCGCCCUGUAAUUGUCGAAAGUUUCGAACCAAUGGACGACUCUGACGGUUACCCUGAAAAAUACCUCAACAAGAAAAACCCCGAAUUUUCAAAAUCACGCGAAGUUGGUCCACGAUUCGCUAAUGUGAACAGCUUCGAGUAUGAAUACGGAAUGCGUUGGAAACAACUCCAUGAACUCUUCGCUCAAAAAGAAGAAGCAAUGAAGAAAGAGUACGAAAUGGAGAAAGAGAAGCUUGAAGCACAGAUGGAAUUUGCGAGAUAUGAACACGAAACAGAAAUGUUGCGAGACCAACUUCGUGCCCGUGAAAUGGACAGAGACCGUCAGAAACACGAAUGGGAAAUGAAGGAGAGACUCGCAGAAGAACAAAGACAACGGAACGAAGAACAAAUGAGAAGACAACAGGAAGAAAUGCAAAACCGUAUGAUGCACCAGGAAGAGGAAAUGCGACGUCGCCAACAAGAGAACAACUUGUUCAUGCAAGCGCAUCAACUGGACAACAUGCUCGAGCAACAGGAACAAGCAUAUGAGGAGCCUAGUGGCAUGUAUAAUAACAUGAAUCAAGAUGGGGAGACUCCUGUUGUGUCUGAUGAACUUCAACCCCCGGAAAACGAAUCGUUUUACUAUAUUAGUAAUUCGGGCCAGUAUAUACUCACGGUUGGCGAAUACAGGAGUAUCGUUAAAUUACUUGCAAAUUCUAAAAGUAAUCUACUAAAAUUUUUCUGUCGGAUUUUCCGGAAAGUGAGAGUUUAAACUCGUGCGAGUAUUUUUUACAGGUGUCUCAGAAGUAAUAAAUGUAAUAAUUAUAACUAAUCUAAAAAUGUAGUAAUAUUUCAUCUAUUUUGUAUUGAUGAAAAAUCGCAAAAUUUUCACCUGUCGGUUUUUUAUUUUUGCACCUUUUAGUUAUUACAUACAAUUCAAAGUACGUAAAUAACGUAAUAAACAUAGUUUUUUUUUUUUUUUUUAAUUGCUUCUAGAACACCUGUAAUACUAUGGUACAUUUUUUCAAGCUUUAAUACUUUGAUAUUGCUUUAAAAUAUCCAGAACUUAAAACUCGAAUAUAUUAAUGGUUUUGAAGUCGGAUUUUAAACCGAAUAUUUGACUUGGCGUCAAUAUCAGUCACAUAUUUUUCGUGUUUUGAUGCUGAAAGUAAAAUAUCGGUUUUAUUUUGUAAGUGUUAGGUUUUUUAUUCUAGUUUGUAACUUAGUUUUGUGAUUAUUGUAAAUAAGAAUUUCAUUGCUUAUUUGAAAUCCUUGUAACCAAAUAUUACUUCGGUCAUUCUGUAAUAUUUUCGCAGCUUUUUGUAUAUUCACUCAGUUUAACUGUAUCUGUCUUAACUUAAGUUUUGAAUUUUAAAUAUAGUUUCAUUUGGAAAACUUUUUUUAAUUGAAUAUGGCAUUUAAGUUAUUUUAUCGCACGCUUUUUAUUUGGUUCGGAAAUUGCCGGUAAAAUCUCUAUCUCUUUUUGAAGAUUACUUAACUUCUUCGCCGAGUUUCUUUCCAUUGCAUAAAGUAAGUUUCUUAUUCUGUGAAAGAAAUUCGAUAUCGAUCUCAAAACAAUUAUUUCUCGAAUAAAGUUUCGAAUUUCGAUAAAAAUACCCGAAAGGAUCGAAACUACCGCAGUCGUGCCGAAGCCAAUUUUAGGUCCCCUAAGAAACACGAAGCACCUUAAAUAAAUGUCGUCGGAAGACUCGGAGAGGAAGAUUUCGUUAAAAAAAAAUCGAAUUCGUUUCGCAGUUUUAUAAAAUAGCCAGAAGUUACUUUAGGAACUUUAUUUAAAAUCACCAGGUUUGUAUUUUUUUGUUAAUUUAAAUGAUAAGUAGAAAUUUUGGUUGAAACAAUUGACGUAUUUAAAUCGCCUGUUUUCUAGAUCUCGACACGGUAAAAUACAUGGGGCCGGGCUUACGAAACUAUAAUGACUCACGCCAUUGGCUCAUUUAUUUUUACCGUGAUUUUGUGAUUCUAACGCCCCUCUUCUCGAGUUAAACUUUAAAAAAUAUAUUUAUACUUCAACUUAUGCGAAAAUAGAAUAUAAUCGGCCUACUCAUUCUUGAAAUGUCGAACUAUAUAUAAUUCUCUAUCAAUCAAUAACUUAAGUUGUCACUUUUUAUCUCCAUUCAAAUAGGAGGCUAUGGAAAACUUAAAUCAAAAUUAACUUACUCAUAGCCAACUAUAUUCUCAUAAUUCAUUUAUAGCAAAUCAUAAAAUUUCAGGUCCGAUAUUUUCAACCAAGCGAAUUCAUUUGAGUUUUUUGCAAAAUUAUACUCAGCGUUGAUUUUAAUUGUUAUUUUGAUGU